UUGGGGACAAAGCGCAUGCCUAGACGACUUGUAUGCUGGAGUCAUCUGUCAGCUAAGAACUAGGCUGGUGAGUGGCUUCAACUCCUGUUCUGGACGAGUGGAGGUUCUUUAUAAUGGAAUAUGGGGAACAGUGUGUGAUGAUUACUGGGAUCUGUCAGAUGCUGCAGUGGUGUGUAGAGAGAUGGGCUGUGGGGAUGCUGUAGAGGCAAAGAAGAAAGCUUAUUUUGGAGAAGGUUUAGGAGAAAUAUGGAUGGAUGAUGUAAACUGCUCUAAAACUGAUCAUGCAUUGAGCAAAUGUGAUUUUCAGCAGUGGGGAGUGCAUGACUGUGAUCAUUCAGAAGAUGCUGGAGUCAUCUGUCAGUCCCUAAUGAGGUUGGUUAACGGCAUUGACACUUGUUCCGGAAAAGUGGAGGUGUUCCAUAAUGGAAUAUGGGGAACAGUGUGUGAUGAUGGCUGGGAUCUGUCAGAUGCUGCAGUGGUGUGUAGAGAGAUGGGCUGUGGGGACAUUAAAGAAUUAACCUAUGGUUCUUUUUUUGGAGCCACAUCAGGACAAAUAUGGAUGGACAAUGUAAACUGUACUGGGGAAGAGGUAGCACUGAGCACCUGUGCAUUUCAGGGAUGGGGAACACAUGACUGCGGAUUUUCAGAGCACGCUGGAGUCAUCUGCAGUCCGUUCACUAUCACAUAUGGAGACCCUGGCCAGGACUCACACUCGCGUAUGAAAGUGCUGUUGAGGAUUGAGGUGAAAACUGACUCCAAAUUCAACCCAAAUGAUCCUGGAACCAUGAGUAAACUCUUGGAGGAGAUGGGGAAGAAGUUACAAAUAAGCGGACCUUUCUCACUGACUUUGAAAACUCAGCCAGAUGGAAAAGUGUUCCAGAACGUCUCCCAGAAAAAGAAAGUUCCAAGAGCAUGUAACUGACAUUCUGGAUAAUAUUUUUAAUUAAAUUGCAAUUGUU